CCGCACUCGACUUAUACAUGGUAAAUAGCACAACCCUUUCAGUGUUCCUGAAUCUGAGAACGAAUCAAGAACUUACGAAACACAGAGCGAUGGACCCCUAUCUCUCGCCGCGGCAAUGGACACCUAUAGAGUAAACCAAUACAACAUAACCGCUCCCCAACUCAUUACAAACCGCCUCAGCCAAGGCGCCUUUCGCUACCAGAAACUCAACCUCUCUUCCGCCGGCUCCCUUGAGCUCCGCAACAUCGGCGUCAAACCAACAACAUCAACCACGCCUGUGGCGCAACUCCCCGGAUCCUUCGAGUGCUCCGAUGAAGACCUCACCCGCAUCUGGACCACAGGAGCGCGAACAGUUCAACUCACCGAGAUCCCCAAAUACUCCAUCCCCGACUUCCUCCAGGUCUCAGAUGAAGGAGCUUACGCCGAGAGUCAGGCAUCGCAAGGACUAGCCGGUGCCGUGGCCGCUCAACUCCUCAACUACCGCCUCGACCUCCAAGCCAAACCCGUCAAAGGUGGCUUCGGCGUCUCUGUUCUAUGUGACACGCUCAACAACUGUAUCUACAUCUCAUUUAACUUGGACAGCCACACCAUCACAGCCCACGCCGGCGCAACAAGCCUAGACACCCUCCUCGCAACAUCCCCCUUACCUUCCAACACAACCCUCGGAAACUGGCACGCUGUCCACAUCGACGUAGCAAUGACGUCCAUCAUCGUUACCCUUAACACCCUCCCAGUCCUCAACAUAACCCAAACCUCCCGCUUCUUCGGUUCCUUUGGCUUCGGCGCCUCCUUCGGACACGCAGCCUACUUCCGCAACCUCACCGCCACUACUACCACCGGAGAAAUAAUCUAUACAAACCCCCUGACAUCUCCAUCCUUCCUCCCAGACUUCAUGAUGGGCACAAACCCAGCCGACACAAUCGUAGACGGCUCUCGGCGCGAUAGAAUCGCAUACACAGGCGACCUCGACAUCGCACUCGGCGCCGCCUUUGCAAGCACCUUCGGCACAUCCUUCAUCGACGGCUCCCUCGACCUCCUGGGUUCCUUCCAGGCAAUACCAGGCUUCUUCAUUCCAACCGCAAAGAUCCAACAACCACCCCUGACGGAACCCCUAAAUACGAACCUCACAGGUCUCAUCGGCUACUCCUUCAACUUCCUCAGCGCUCUCGCACAAAAUUACGAAAUGAGAGGGAACCUCAUCUUUGCAAAACACUGGGCGCCUAAAGUCUCCAAAAUGCUCGACUGGGCCGACUCCCAAACCCUCCCCAACGGCCUCUUCAACCUCGCAGACGAGUCCUUUGGCGGAGACUGGAACUACUACGAUCCACCGCAAUCCGGCGUAGUCACAAAGUUCAACGUAGUAUACGCCUACGCCCUCCAACAAUCCCUCCCCCUCCUCGGCGACGCGGGCGUAAACACGACAACAUACCAAACCCGCCUAGACAACCUCCGGUCCGCAAUCAACACAAACCUCUGGAAUCAGAACCUAAACGCCUACAUCCUCUCCGAGACCAUGCAAACAGGCUUCGCACAAGACGCAAACGCCCUCGCCAUCCUCGCCGGCGUUUCCCCCUCACCAAACACCACCGCCUCAAUCCUCUCAACCCUUUCAAGAGACCUCUUCCUUCCCGCUGGCCCGCUAGCCUUCUCGAACUCCACCAUCCCCUCCGGCUUCGCGCAGAAAAUCAGUCCAUACGCAUCAUCAUACCACCUCCGCGCAGCACUCUCCGCCCGCGACGCAUCCACAGCUCUAACCCUCCUCAAAACCCUCUGGGCGCCGAUGGCCAACCCACAACACGAGAAUUACACAGGCUGCUUUUGGGAAACACUAAACCCAGACGGAACCCCCGGCCUAGGCAUAGUAACGUCCCUCUGUCACGGCUGGGCUGCAGGCCCGACGGCGGAACUGAGUCGCUACGUGCUGGGCAUACAAACUAUUGUGCCCGGGUUCGCGGAGUGGAAGGUUGAGCCGCUGACGUUGGGGUUGGAAUGGGCGAGGGGGCGGUAUCCGACUGUGCUAGGAGACGUUGCUGUCAAUUGGCGGUUUGAGGGCGAGAUGUUGAGGAUGGAGAUUGAGAGUCCUGCUGGGAGUAAGGGGAAGGUUUACUUGCCGGAGCCGAUGGUGACGAGUCUUGACAAGUCUGUUAUUCGGGUGAAUGGAGUUGUUAUGAAUGGGACUCAGUUUGAAAUUGAUGGAGGGGAUGUGUUUGUACUUACUCAGGAACCUCUUGGCGCAGGAUUGCUGGCUUGAGAUGUCUACUUGUCAAGGAUGAUUGUACACCAAUUAAAUGGCAAAAAGAAAGGCACCUGGACAGUAGGAUCAAGAGUCACAGUUACCAGCGAAGCACUGUCAAUAGAAUAUUGAAAUGAAUAAGGAAUCGAUUCAUCAGCA